UUUAAAAAGUCUUAUUGUGUAUGUGUGUCUAGGUAUGUGCUUGCUACAGCCUGAGUGUGGAGGCCAAAGGACAAGUCUCAGGAGUCAGUUAUCUCCUUCCACAUGAGUCAUUUAGCUGGCCCCAAAAUGCCUUUUAAAUUUUAUUUGCAGUGUUGGAAUCAAACCCAAGGCCUAGGGCUUGUCACACAAGCGCUCUACAGCUGAACACCGUCCCCAGGCUCUGCAAAAAUGUUUUGAUGGUUUAAUCAUGAGGUGCGUGGGCGUUGUUGUUAUUUUCCGUAUUUCUCCUCAUGUCGCUAAUACGUCCUAAUUCACAGAACACAGUCAUGCUCAACACUCUCCAGGACAUCUUGGUGUACAAUUAUGUUGGAAGCAGCUUCUGGGCUAAAAAGGGGGAAGCCUGACGAGGCCACUUGCUGUUUUACCAGCGAAGUUGAACGGAUGGGAGAGAUGGCUCAGUUAAGAGUACAAACAGCUCUUACAGAGGCAAAGACCCGUGUUUGGUUCCUAGAUUAGUGUGAUCUCCGUGGGUGCCUGCAUGCACAUAUACAUAUGUACACAUCCACACUGGGCAGUGGUACCCAGCGGCUCUCACACAUUGGUGCAGCUUAACUUUACAGACGUGAUAUAGGUGUGAGAAGUCCCGAAGCAGGCUGGGGACCGUGGGCUCAGCCCUCGGUCGGCUCGCCGGAGGUCGAGCUCCCCGGCUGGGAGGCCGGGCUUCGGGGCCCGGAGGCCGGGCGGGCCGCGCCGAGGGCGGAGCCGCCGCGCGGGGGCGGACCUCGGCGCGCUCCCGGCCGCUCGCUGGCUCUGGGGCCGCGGCGGCUCCUCUGCCGGGUCGCGCCGGAGGACAGGUUUCGGGCGGCGGCUUGGGCGGCCUGCGGACAGACCGGGUGGGCCGAGCAGCGGAACCCCGCGCCUGCCGUGUGCCUAGCCCGCUAGCGCCGGGCGCGCGCCAUGGCCGCCUCGCCCGGUUCGGGCAGCGCCAACCCGCGGAAGUUCAGUGAGAAGAUCGCCCUGCACACGCAGCGGCAGGCCGAGGAGACGCGGGCCUUCGAGCAGCUCAUGACCGACCUCACCCUGUCCCGGGUUCAGUUUCAGAAGCUUCAGCAGCUGCGCCUUACCCAGUACCACGGGGGAUCCUUACCCAACGUGAGCCAGCUGCGGAACAGCGCGCCAGAGUUCCAGCCAUCACUUCAUCAAGCCGAUAAUGUUCGUGGAACCCGCCACCAUGGGCUGGUGGAGAGGCCAGCCCGGAACCGCUUCCACCCCCUUCACCGAAGGUCUGGGGACAAGCCAGGGAGACAGUUUGAUGGGAAUGCUUUCGCAGCCAGUUAUUCUUCACAGCACCUGGAUGAGAGCUGGCCACGGCAACAGCCUCCUUGGAAAGAAGAGAAGCAUCCUGGAUUCAGGCUAACAUCUGCACUUAACAGGACCAAUUCUGAUUCUGCUCUUCACACGAGUGCUCUGAGCACCAAACCCCAGGACCCCUAUGGAGGAGGAGGCCAGUCAGCCUGGCCUGCCCCAUACAUGGGUUUCUGUGAUGGUGAAAACGAUGGCCAUGCGGAAGCCGCCUUCCCGGGUCCGCUGAAAGAAGAGAAUCUGUUAAAUGUCCCGAAGCCACUGCCUAAACACCUGUGGGAGAGCAAGGAGAUCCAGUCCCUGUCUGGGCGCCCUCGAUCCUGUGAUGUUGGGGGCGGCAAUGCUUUCCCACAUAAUGGCCAGAACACAGGCCUCUCACCGUUCCUGGGCACCCUGAACACCGGAGGGUCGUUACCAGAUCUAACCAACCUCCACUACUCAGCACCCCUGCCAGCCUCCCUGGACACCAGCGACCACCUCUUUGGUAGCAUGAGUGUGGGGAACAGCGUGGGCAACCUUCCAGCUGCCAUGACUCACCUGGGGAUAAGAACCUCCUCUGGUCUCCAAAGUUCUCGAAGUAACCCUUCCAUCCAAGCCACACUCAGUAAGAUGGCACUCUCCUCGUCCCUCAAGUGCCACCCGCAGCCGUCUGUGGCCAACGCCUCUGCUCUGCACCCCUCCCUCCGGCUCUUCUCCCUUAGCAACCCGUCUCUUUCCACCACAAACCUGAGUGGCCCCUCUCGGCGCAGGCAGCCUCCAGUCAGCCCUCUCACGCUCUCUCCUGGCCCUGAAGCACAUCAAGGCUUCAGCAGACAGCUCUCUGCGACCAGCCCACUGAACCCGUAUCCUGCCUCCCAGAUGGUGACCUCAGAGCAGAGCCCACUUUCCUUCCUGCCCACAGACGCUCAAGCCCAAGUGUCCCCACCACCCCCUUACCCCACACCCCAGGAGCUGCCUCAGCCACUCCUACAGCAGCCCCAUGCCCAGGAGCCCCCAACUCAGCAGCCCCAGGCAGCCCCCUCCCUGCCACAGUCAGACUUCCAGCUCCUCACUGCCCAGGGCUCAGCUUUGACCAGCUUCUUCCCGGAUGUGCGCUUUGACCAACAGCCCAUGAGGCCCAGCCCUGCCUUUCCUCAGCAGGUGCCUUUGGUACAGCAGAGCCACCGAGAACCACAGGACUCAUUCCACUUGAGACCAAACCCAUAUUCCAGCUGUGGCAGCUUCCCAGGCACCAUCCUGACAGAAGAUACAAACAGCAACCUGUUCAAAGGCCUUAGCGGGGGGCUGUCGGGCAUGCCAGAGGUCAGCCUGGACAUGGACACCCCGUUCCCUCUGGAAGAGGAGCUGCAGAUCGAACCCUUGAGCCUCGAUGGACUCAACAUGCUAAGUGACUCCAGCAUGGGCCUGCUGGACCCCUCUGUGGAGGAGACGUUUCGAGCUGACCGGCUAUGAGCACAGUGCAGUGGAACUGGGGAACUGAAAUGGCCAGAGAAAGCUGGGGUGGAGCCAGCAAACACCCUGCCGGUGGUCACAGCCAGCAAACACCCUGACAGUGGUCACAGCCAGCAAACACCUUGACGGUGGUUACAGCAUAGAGGGAGCCGCUGCCCCGGGCUCUCCACUGAGCUCAGCCAAGGCUUUGCUAGACACAGCUGCACUCUUCGGCCCAUGGCACCAGUUGUACUGCUGCAGGCCAGCUGCUUUGGAGCUUCCGGUGACCAGGAAGCUGACCAUGUCACCCUUAAUUCUCUUUAUUGGCCAUCCAGUCAGUCAGUGUGUAAAUGUAGAAAAUGCUGUGUAACACGUCAGUGCUCCAAACCUCAGAUUCCCAUCAGCACUGAAGAUGGAACGCUAUAGGAGGCAGUUGGGGGCCUCGGGCCCGUGUAGUUGGCUCAGUGUCACACAACGGUACCAGAGCACCAUGAUGCCUUUCUGUCUGACCGCCAAGGCCAGGCAGCCCUCCAGCUGGCGGGUAUUCUGGGCCCAGCCAUCACUCUGUCCAAUGGCUCACUUAAAAUGAAGAAGCUUACCCAGCCGUCCCAGGGCAGGCUUAAGUUAGGCAAACUGAAGGCAGUUUGCUUCCUCCCGGUUUAUGAUCUCUUUGCUGCUGCUUCCUGUAUGCGCACCUUUCCCUCACAGACAGGAGGAGAGGGAGACCUGUUUGCUCACUGAAAAAAAUGUCCUUGGAAACAGGAUGAGCCUAAGGAGGACAGCGCUCCUAGGAGAAUGGAGGAGGAAAGGGAGGCUACAGGUGUGUCACCUGCACAAGAUGCCCUCCCUCUUAGGCCUGCCACCCUCCAGCCCACUGGAAGGAGCUGCUGGGACUCGUAUUAGUGCAGGGCAGCUGAACUGCCCUUCUCCCCAGCUGCCCUGCAGACCUCAAGUUUAAUGCAAUGCCCACUAGACUGUAAGCUCCCAGAGGGCAGGAACUGUGCCUUGUUCUGUAUUGACCCCUAGUGCCCACCAAGUGCCUGGUAGGAGUGCAUGUACCCAGGAUGGAGGAGAGAGGGACUGUGCCUCGUGGUGGGGCGGUCUAACCUGCAGCUCUCUCUGUCCCCUGCCUUAGCUCAGAGCUUCACCUUUCAGACUCACUUGAGUGUGCCUUAACACUAGGUGACCAGACCUGCCACUAGGCUCAGCGCCACUCCUCCUAGGGAAUAUGUCCCUCAGCAGCUAGGUGGACAUCAUCCAGUGCAUCCAGCAUGGCUGAUCACACCAAGCCCCAGGAGUGUGGGGCACCUGGCAUCCAGACUGGGCCCCCACAGCAAAUUCUUCCUCUCGGACCUUUUCCUUUUUUUUUUUUUCUAAAUUGCUUAAAAUAGAGGUGCAAACUUUGAGGUUAAGAAAUAAGGCCUGGCUGGGCGUGGUGGCACCCGCCUUUAAUCCCAGCACUUGGGAGACAGAGGCAGUAUGAUUUCUGAGUUUGAGGCCAGCCUGGUCUGCAGAGUGAGUUCCAGGAUAGCCAGGGCUACACAGAGAAACCCUGUCUCGAAAAAACAAAACAAAACAAAACAAACAAAAAAGAAAGAAAGAAGGCCUGGUUCAUGGGACUCUUUUAUUCAUUAACGCCUUCUCACACAGUAAGUAAUCUGAGCAGAUUCUACCAGCACCUGCCUCCUAGCCCCACAUGAGGAAAGUGAUGUCCACCCAGCACAAGGGAGGAGCCGGGGUGGGUGAGGAGGGCCCUGGAGGAGAACUUUUGCCUGACGCCUGCUCCCCUUCCUGCGACAUGGGCUGAAGCUGAGGCUCAGUGGCUGUCCCCACCCAGGAGAGCAAGGGUGGAGUAGAAGGAAGCUGACCCAUCUGUGCCUGAGGCGAGGAAGCCUGGGAAUCAGAGGCUGCUCCAGCUCCCCACACCGCGGCUCUUCAGACAGCCGGGUGGAGCUGUGCGGCCACGUGCCCCAGUCUCUGCUGUUUAAUUGGAAACUAAAUUAGAAUCCUCUUCCCCUGACCAUGCCACUGGCCUGGUCCUGAGAUCCCAGAGCACCCGGGGUGACUUUAGUUAAAGUGGAAGCUUUUCACUCCUCUGAGCUGCCCAGCGCCCCAGCAUACACACUCAAGCCAGCUCCCGUGUCCGUCUUCAGGCAGAGAUCGAUGCUGAUGUAAAAGUUGAGAGGAAGGGGUUUCCAGCACAAUCUGCUCUCUGCGUUGAGCCUGAUCCGUGGGAUCAUCGUGUCGGUGACGCCCACACACCGGGGAAGAGGCAGGUGUGAGGUGACAGGGUCAGGAGGGGGAGGACCCUGAAGGAGAAUCCCUGCUUGCACAGCUGCUGUCCUCUGGUGAAGGCGUAACGGGAGAUCUCACCCCAUACCCUACGCUGCCCUGUUCCUGAGGCUUUCUCCAGCCAAUGGGAAAGCGCUGGCUGCAGGGGCGGGGGGGGGGGGGGGGGGGGAGUUGAAAAAAAAGAAAACCCAAAAACCAAAAGAGACAAUGUAGCACUGAAUUAAAUCUGCCCAUAGGCCUAUCAGCCUGAUCUUUUCAUGUGUGUAGCUUUAAGCCACUAGAGAGCCUACCGGUCUACAUGGUGUUGAGUACAGCAGGAGACUGCGUUGCCCUGCUGCAGUCGUGUGAGCCUGCACUCGAUGCUGCCUUUGUGACUAGCCUGUCUUAGGCGGCAGCAUUGAAGUGGCUACCGGCUUCCCCAGACCUCUCUUCAGUGUCUUCUCUCUGUCCCACCAGCUGCCCUUCCCCAGCACUGCAGGGUGGUGGGUUUUAGCACACGAGUGUGGGGAGAAGUGAGGAUGAGCUCUCCUUUGCCCUGCUCCCUUCCCCCAAGUCUACUGUAUAUUCUCUGGGCCGAGAGGUCGUGUAUUCAUGCUCGUGCACAUAUCUGAAGACAUUUCCUGUUGGGCUCUUCUGAUUUAUGCACAGAUGGUUCCCAGUGUUCCCACUGCUCCAGAACGGGGCCAUCCCAGCAGCUAGUCAGACUUCCGGCCAGUGUCCUAACUCCCGGCCUUUUGUUAAGCAAUAUUGAAAGAUCGGACUUUGUAUAAAGUAGCUUCCAAGUUUUAUAAUGCAUCAUUUUACAUCUUUCAUAAUUAAAAGCAGCACAAUAUGGUUGUAUCUGC